AAGACUGUUUUGCGUUGGCGACACUGGUAUAACAAUACACAGGUGAUGCGUGACGUUUUUAAACGUAGUGGAAAUGUCAAAAUUGUCAGUUUAGUGUAAUGUUGUGAAGUUUAUUAAAUUGAAAGUUCCUCUGCGCCUUAUUAAUUUAAAUUCCUUUUUCUGCGGAGGAAAAACAAGCUGUUUUCUCCAAAACUACAGUACAUCUUAGUACUGUUCUUAUCGGCAGGCGCAUAUUUCCAUCGGCCAAUCGUUAUAAAUAAAGUGUAAUUAGCAUUACAGACAUUUUUGUUCUGUUUUUAACAGAAUACAUAGAAUAAAUGAGCACAUUUGGUGGUCGUAUGCAAGAAAUUCCUGACGUAUCUGUGGAUAAUUUUGAAAAUGAAAAUCUGCGAUCAACAGCUUUCUUCCUUAGUCAUGCGCAUACGGAUCACAUGAGGGGCUUAUAUGAAGUUGCUUUCUACGAGCGGCUACAAACUGCAGAAAGGAAAGGUUAUAAUGUUUAUUUGUAUUGCACGGAUAUUACACGUGUUUACUUAAUGAAUAUGAGUGGUAAGAAACUUAAUAAGUAUAUAAAAGUGCUGCAGCUGGGACCAUCCUUAAUAGAUGUUCCAUUCUCAGAAAACCCUCAUGAUAGUAGAACCCUAGCUGUCACCUGCAUACCUGCUGGACAUUGCCCAGGCUCUGUAAUGUUUUUAUUUGAAACUGACAAAUUUAGUGUCCUGUAUACUGGAGAUUUUCGAAUUUUACCUGAAGAUAUUUGCAAGUUCACAUCUUUAAGAAAUGGACAAUCCGUAAAGAAGAUCCACACUCUAUAUCUUGAUACAACUUUUCUAGAUAGAGCUUACUAUUAUUUUCCUUCUCGUGCAGAGAGUGCCUCCACAGUGUGCAACAGAAUUCAGGAGUGGCUCCAGUUAAGCCCCAACCACAUGGUUGUGAUUGAUUUACCAGCUCAUUGUGGAACUGAAUUCAUCUUUGCAAAAAUUAAAGAAACUUUAGGUAUUAAAGUACAUGUGAAACGUAAUAAAUACUUACAAUACGAAGGAAUUGAAGAGAUUCGUACCUGCUUAACUGAUGAUUGUUUCACAAGAGUACAUGCAUGCUGUCGCCAUGAUGAAGUUCAGGGUAUGUAUCUACCUUGCCGUGGAGAUGGCUAUCAUACCAGAAUUAUAAAACCAUCUGCUAUGUGGUUUAGAUCCUCAGCAAAGGGCAGAAAGCCACUAUCCAAAACAUCAAGAGAUGGUUACCAUUGCAAAGUAGCACAGUCAUCUCAUGCUUCAUUCAAAGAGCUUGCCGAUUUUAUAUACAUGCUGAAGCCCAACCAUAUAAUUCCAACUGCUGUACCACCUUCGAAGUCCAGACGUGAGGUGCUGAAAAUACUUAAAGAACUGCUUUCAAAUACUGUGGCUGCAGAGAACAUCCAGCAAGACUCGUGUAGUGCUAUGGAAUCUGAUACUAGUAGUGAUGAAAGUUUUGAGCUGAGGAUUGAAAGUGUAGAGGAACACUUAUGUGAUGAACUGCUAAAUUUUUAGACCAUUUACUUGUAUUUAUGACACUAUUUUUACAGUUUGAUUUGAAAAAUAAAAUGUGUAACAUUGUAAACAAUCUAAUUGUGAUACGAUGUAUACAAACAAAUUACCUGCAAAUACAAGUAAGUUAUCUACUGCAAAUGAUAUACAGAAAUAUUUUUUAACCUUUAGAAACUAGCUGUGAUAUUUUUAUGGUGUUUAGAGAGACAUUAUAAUGUCGCUCUUAUUUUGAAUCAACUGAAAGCAUUAAAAAUAAUGAUUUUACUCUUUAUACAAAGACUGGAUGUUAGUGCUACAUGUUUUGCCAUUGGAUUUUGUAAAAUGGAGCAAUAGUUUCAAUAAAAAUGGUGAAAACAG